AUGGCGUCCCGUCUUGACAGGAUCCUCAUGGGUCCGCCUCGAGCCAACGCCGACGCCCCGCAGACGGGAGCACCAAAGGAGGGACCAAGCGGGUCUCUUGAGGGGCAACAGAGGGAGCCGUCCCCCCACCGCUCCCGUGUUGAUACCCCUCCCGCGCCUGCGCAAAGUCGGUCCGUCCCGCGCCCCCAACCUCCCCAUGCGCCAAAGGCGGACGGCCAGGCUAAGCCCCAGGCGACGGGGCCAUUGACCCGUGGCCGUGCCGCGGCUUCCAGCAAGGGGGAAACAAGCCUCAGGAGCGUUAGCCCUGACGCUUGCCAGGUGGGAGAUGCCGCUCCGAGGCCUGCGCCCGUUCGUGAGGGGCCUGGAGCCUUGACGCGGGGCGGUUCGAGGCCUGUCGGUCGGGGUACCGGCAGGCGGGCCAUUCUCCCUGUGGGGUUGAAGCGGACGCUCGAGCAGGCCCAGCCCUCGAUGGCCAAAAGGCUUAAAGUAGGAGCGGCCUCUAAAGAUUCAGGCUCCUCCGACCCUCGACCGCCAACUGGUGCUGAGAGCGCCCCGCCCCGUCCCCUGGAGAAGCUCCUGAAGGCUUAUAAGGAGCUCUUGGCGCUUGAGGAGGAGAAGAAGGAGAGGGAGGCCGCUCUGUCAGAAGCUCAGGAGGCCUCGAGGAAGGCGGUGAAGGAGGCCACGCUGUUGAGGGAGCGGGCCAUGAUGGUCGAGGGAGUCACGUCCAAGGCCCGGGAGGAGGCCUUAUCUUACAAGAACGCCGUUGCUAAUCUGGACAAGGAGAAGGGCCUCCUCCAGACUGAACUUGCCUCCGCCCGAGAAACCUUUCAAAGGAUGAAGGUGGGGUGUGUGAAUGGCGAGAUCGCUCGGAGCGCCGCAGAGGAGGCCAAGAAGAAGGCCCUUCAAGAUCUCGAGGCAGAGCAGGCUCGAUCCCGCAGCCUCUCUAACGACAUCGAUCGUCUGAAGAGAGCGCUAUGA